AUGAAUUUUAAGGAUAUGGAUUGUUCAAACGGUGUCAAAGCUGCUGAAAGCACUUUUAGACAAAAAGUAGUUUUAGCCAGAGAAAUUCCAUGGAAUGGUUUUGCAUCAUCAAAUUCAAUCACAGCAAGCGAAUACGAUUUAAUUUCAAAAUAUGACAAACACAGCGAUAACGAAAAGAAAGAAAAAUUCAUUGGUAAUAGCCAAAAAUAUGUUAGUUUCUUUGUUAACUUUAUUCAUUCAACCAGUAAUUCAGAAAUUAUUCAAUAUUUAUUAACCCUCAUUAAUGAAAUUAUUGAAAUUGAUCCAAGAGCUGCAUCAGCUUUUUCAAGAGGUAGUACCGAUCCAACUUACCCAUACUCUGUCUUCUUUAGAUUAUUAUCUCGUGAUGAUGCUUAUAUUAACCUCCACGCCAGUAUUGCUCUUGCUCAAAUCAUGUGUGCUGGUAAACCACAACAAGAAGAUGUCGAAAAAUUCUUUAAUUGGAUUCUUCAAUUAUUAAGAAAGAGUAACUCAUCAGAAGUUGAAGUUGGUCUUAUUGCUUUACAAAAUCUCUUGUUAAAAGACGAAUUUAGAGCUACUUUUGAUAGAUUAGGAGGUUCAGCUUUAUUAUUAAAUAUUCUUCAAGCUCAAUCAUCAAAUACUGCCAAUAUUCAAUUAUUAUAUGAAACUAUUUAUUCAAUUUGGUUACUUACCUAUAACAACGAAAUUGCUGCUAAAUACUCUGGUACUGGUUUAGUUUCAAAAUUAGUUAAUCUUAUUAAAACUGUUGUCAAAGAAAAAAUUGUUAGAUUAUCUAUUUCAGUUUUAAGAAACUUAUUAAACCAAGGUAACAAUAACGAAGAAAUGAUCGACAAUGGUUUUGUUCGUAUGUUAAAUAUUUUAAAUAUUAAAAAAUGGGGUGAUGAAGAUAUUCCAGCCGAUAUUGAAGUUUUAGUUAAUGGUCUCGCUAAAGAUAUUGAUAAUAUGAGUUCAUUUAAUAAAUAUAAAGCUGAAAUUGUUUCAGGUGAAUUAGAAUGGACACCAGUUCAUAAAUCUGAAAGAUUUUGGAAAGAAAAUAUUACAAAGUUCGAAGAACAAAAUUAUUAUGUCAUUAAAAGUUUACAUCAAAUUUUAUCAAAUGGUCAAUCAACUCCAAUCCAAUUAUCAAUUGCUUGUCACGAUCUUGGUGAAUUUGUUAGACAUCAUCCACGUGGUAAAGCCAUUAUCGAUUUCUUACAAAUUAAACCAGCUAUCAUGGCUUUAAUGGCCAAUCCAAAUGAGGAAGUUAAAAAACAAGCCUUAUUCGCUUUACAAAAAAUGAUGUUAAAUAAUUGGGAAUACUUAAGUCAAAAUAAAAAUUAA